AUUCACCAUAUACCAUAAGAAACUUUCUAAUACACCAAAUACCACUCACUUAAUGUACAUUAACACAAAAUGGCAUUUUUGGUAACUGUCGUUAGUCUGCCGUUUGGGGUAAUUUACCAUUAUGCCCUUAUACAUCUAAAUGGCACCAUUGACAGGGUUGAGGGUUUCCACUUCAAAAAAAUUGACCCCCUAUUUCCCUUUUCCAUUGAAGCUACUCUCUGUUCUUCUCCAUUACACUUGAACCCUAAAAAUCAAUCAAAAAGCUUCAAACUUUCAAAGGUGUAAGGUAGAUUGCAAGUAGGAAAGUGAAUUGGGGCUUACGAUUGAACAAAGAAGCAGCUUGAUGAGGUUUGAGAGAGAGAAAGGUGUUCGUGACUGAAUUUCGCACCAAGUUCGCACCUAGGCUGGACUAAGCAUACUCAAGGUAUUACUAUCCUUAUCGAUUUGCAUUUCGAUCUCUGAUUUUGUUGUUUUUUUUGCGAAAUUGAGUUAGGGUUAGGGGUUAUUCGACAAUGAUCAUAUGUCAAUUUGGUUGGUAUGCUAUUAAAUUCGAAUUUGGAUUAUAUGAAAGUUAGUUUUGAUGUGUUGUAUGCGAAUUGUUGUUUGGAUUGUGAUGCAAUAUGCUGUUGUUAAAUGUUGUUGUUUAUCAUUCUUUCUUAGGAUGAGUGCAAUGUGGCUGUUAGUUCGUUCUCCAAGUGGUGAUUUUGAUGUUAGGGUGGAUCGAUGACACUUAUAAGACCAAUUUGAUGGAGUUGUUUGAGUACAUGUUUGAGGAUUCAGUCAAGCGGAAUGUUUUCCUCCCUAAAUACUUCACCUUGUUUGUGAGUAAACCUAGAACCAAUCGAUCGUAAGUUAGAGUUAGUUGAUGAUGGGGCAAUGUUGAAAAUGUGGGAGUGGAAUGAAGGGAGGAAUGAAGUAGAAGUGUUCAUAGAAGAGACAGAAACACCAUCUCUUGUGUUUCAGUCUGCAGAAGCUAGUUGGGCAAAAACUUUGAAGAACAGGGCUGAAAAAAUUAGGCUAAUGAAGGAAGAGACCAGGAGAAAGGCAGAUGCAGCAGAAGCUGAGGGGGAGCUUAUGGCCCAGCAGUCAUUUACUGUGGCUGUAGAGGUCCAUGUUGUGGAUGCAGAUGAUGAUGAGGUUGACUAUGUUAGGGUAUUUAACACCCCAGCAGCUGAUGAGGUAUUUCUAGGGGAAUCUCAACCUCAACCCUCACAACAAGAAACACCUCAACCCAAAGAACAUUCCACAAAUGAAAAAAGUAAGACACCAUCACCACCAAAGAAAACUCCAAGAAGAAAAAAAAAUAACUCCAAAGAAGAAAAAAACCCAACCUACACAAUCCAGUCAACCAAGACAGCCCACACCUCCACCACCAAAUGCAUCCCAAGAGCAUCCUUCUCCACCACCAACACCAACACACCAAGCCAGGCAGCCUACACCACCUCCACCACCACCACCACAACCAACAUCUACUGCACCAAGGCAAGUGAAUACUAGGAGCAAAAAACAAACCCAGACCAAAAAACAAACUAGAAUUAAACCCAAAGAGUGGAGAGUGCCUAGAAGCACAUCAAAAAAAGUAUGGUAUUGUGGUGGAGAAUAAAAAAGGAGCAGGGAGGCAAGUGAAUACUAGGAGCAAAAAACCUAUGCCUGUUGAGGAAAGUGAUGAUGAGUCUGAUGCAUGGCCUUCUGAUGAUAGUUAAGAUGAUGAUUAUGAAGUUUCUGAUGUUGAGGAUGAUUUGGAAAUGGACUUGAACAUUGAGGAAGACUACAUUGUGGAAGAAGAAGAUCUACCUGAUGAUAUCCUUGAGAAGACCUUUGAAGAUUACUUAGAUGGGUCCAUGUUUUAGAUAAGUUGUAUAGAAAUGGCAAAAUAUGGUCUCACUUACCAUUUGGGUCCAUUGAACUUGAACCAUGGUUAAUUUCUGAAACUAGAACACAAUUUCAAGAGGUAUUCAGAUAUUACUGCAUACAAGAAGGCUUCUCUGUUGUGGUUGAUCAUGCUGACAAUACCAGAUACAUUGCAAAGUGUUUGAUAAGGGAUUGCAAUUGGAGGAUUCAUGCAGCAAUCCUCAAAGAUAAAGUCAGCUGGGCUAUAAAGAAGCUAGAAGGAGAACAUACAACUUGUGGGAGGCUGGAAGAGAAUCCUAUGGUCUCUUCAGCAUGGCUUUGCAGACAUUUGCUACAAGAUUUGGAGGCAAACCCAGAGAUUCCAGUUGAAUCAUUGCAAAGAGUGUGCAUGGAAAGGUACGGGAUCCAUGUCAAGCUGAGAUUGUUGUACAAAGUGAAGACUUUGUCCAGGGAGCAAAUACAUGGUGAUUUUGCUCAGUCUUAUGCACUCCUACCAAAGUAUGCAGAGAUGAUUAAGGCCACAAAUCCUGGGUCAUAUGCUCUUGUUACAUGGACUGACAAUGGGGAUUAGAGUUCCAUAUUCAAGGCUUGUUUCAUAUCUUUUGCAGCUCAGGUCAAAGGAUUCUUGGGUGGUUGCAGACCUAUCAUAGGAAUAGAUGGUGCACACCUAAGUGGCUAUUACAAAGGGAUUAUGCUCACUGCAGUUUCAAUUGAUGGGAAUAAUGAAAUUUUUGUAUUAGCCUAUGCUCUUGUUGAUAUAGAGAGUAUAGAUUUAUGGACUUAUUUCUUCAGAAACCUAAGGUGCUUAUUUGCUCAGUAUGGAUCUGAAAAGGAUGAUUGGACUUUUAUAAGUGACAGGAUGAGGGUAAGUUUCUCCUUUUUUAAAAUUUGUGUUGGUAAUCUUGAGCUCCACUAUCUAACUUUGCCAUGUUUUUGGAAGGGUGUUUAAUCAGCUCUAUAUGAGGUGUUCCCAAGAACAACUAGAAGAGUAUGUUGCCAGCAUUUGUACUCAAAUUGCAAGACUGUAGGAUGGAGUAGGACAGAAUUUCAUAAGCUCUUUUGGAUUGAGCAAAUGCAUACAAUGAAUAUGUGUAUGGAAAAGCAAUGUCUAAGAUUCAGGAGUAUGAUGCAACAUCAUUUCAGUAUCGUAUAAUUACAGGGGUUGAAGAGCAAUGGAGUGUGCACAAGUUUGACAGAAUUGUUUGUUGUGAUCACAACACAACUAACUUUGUUGAGCCAUUCAAUGCAUGCACAAAGCCCAACAGAGAUAUGUAUGUGCUGACAUUACUGGAAGCUGUAAGGAAUUGGUGCAUGAAAAGGAUGGGCUCUAGGUUUGAUAAAGCAGUUAAUAUGGAACCUAAUGAGCUCACAGAGUAUGCUAAAGGGAUUUUGGAGACAAGGAGUGAUGAGUCUAGGUUCUGUCAUGUGACAGCAGCCGGUGGUGGAGAAUUUGAAGUCAGGGUUGGCCAUGUCAAGUUCCUUGUCACACUUGGGAAUAUGACUUGUGGGUGUGGGAAAUGGAAAGGAUCAGGUCAGGGUCAUUUACAGCCAAAGACUUUAAGCCAGGGAUUUUGUGUCACCAUACUUCAAGGGGGCUGCAUAUAAGCUGACUUAUGCAGUCCACAUCCACCCCAUGGCUGAUCUGACUCACUGGCCAGCACUUGAUGUGCCUGACAUUGCACUACCAAUUGUCAAAAGAAGUGCAGGCAGACCAGCUAAGUAGAGAAGAAGAGCCCCUCAUGAAGCAAGGAGAGGAAAGAGGCACAAGAACAACAAAUGCAGUCUUUGCAAAGAACUUGGACACAAUGCCUUAACCUGUAAGGCAAGAAAGGCAGCAGCAAAAAAGGCAGAAAAUAUAGAAAGCACUUCACAGCAAGGCAAAGGGAGGGGGAAGAAGAGAAAGGUUGUCAGUUAGCAUCCUUAAAGCUGCCAGGCAUGAUAUGAUAUGUAAUUUUUUGGUGAAAACUUUUAAAACUUAGGUGUUAUAUACCAGGUAUUUUUUUAACACAAUGUUAAAUGUUAAGUACUUGGUUGUUUGGCAUAAACAUGUUUUUGAAUUUCCAAGAAAUGUAAUACAACUAUUGCACAAUUAUGAAGCCACAAUUUUUAGACAUACCAAGUUCAAAUCAAGGUGCAAAUUUAUUUAAGCAAUGAAAUUUUGUUCACAUCAAUCGUUUCAAGGCUACAAAUACAAUAACCAUAAACAUAAUUACUCCUAUUUUUAUUGCUACAUUUACUAGCUUUUUCUGCUUUGCUACUCUUCUCUUCAGCUCCUUCAACUCUUGCUUCAACAACCUCUCACCUCCAUGGAAUUGCGUGUCUAUCCCUCCCCUGCUUUGAUUUUCAUUACCCGACGGGACAUUUUGCUCCACAUUACCCUUGCACCAUCUGAAUGUCUCACAUACAUCACACUUAUAGUACAACCUUUGUGGAUUUUUUGCCGAAUCAAAGCUCCUUAUUGCAAACUUCCUACCACAAGAACAAGCUUUGUUUGACACUCUUACGUAUGAACAAUCGAAAGACGACGACGAUAAUUGAUAGAGUCAUAAAAGUAUAUUAUUUUAUUUUAUUAAACUCUCGAUUUUAUAUUGAUAUUUAAUGGUUUAAUGAUAUAUUAAGUAAUUUUCUUCCAGAAGCACGUACUACUACUAUUGUAUUUAUUUGUGUGUAGGAAAGAAAAUAUGGGCACAAACUGCAUAUUACGACACUCCGGUUAAGAGAAGCAAAGUUUACAAGCCCAUUGACUCUCAACUAUUUCAAGCCCAAUGUUGUUUUAUUGUGUAAGCUAUUACAGUUGGGCCUUGAAGUAUAACAAGCUGUCACACAACAUAUUAGAAAGAAGAGAGCAGCUCAAACUCUUCAUUGUCUCACUGUUUAUUGCGGGUAAGCCAGACAGGGAAUCCCCUCACCGAUUCUUGCGGGAAAUCAAAUUUUCAAGCAAGAAAAGAUAAAGAUGAAAUUGGAUAAAAUUGGAGCGAGAGAUUCGGAUUAGCUGGAGAUCAGCUACACCGAAAACAGGAAAGGCAAUCGAGUCCCGUAUUUUUGGGGGAUUCUAGAGAUUAAUUUGGGGAUUACUCUGGGCAGCGAAUGACGGAGGAGAGAAACCGAAUUGCAUGAUAGAGGGGGCUGAUACUUGACAUCUUCGGGGGAAGGGAGCAGCGACAGCGGCAAACUUAUUCUCUUCGUGGUAUUAGCCAAAUUGAUUGUCAGUUACUUAAUUUGGUAGUACUAUAAUUUUGUUUUAAUAAUUGAAGUGGAAAAGUCACGUUUUGCUUCUUACUUUCCACCAUUUUCGUGGUUGGUAUUAGAACUUGGUUACUUAGUUUAUCAAGUUUUCAUUUUCAAUUACUCUUUGCUUUGUUAAUUAUGAAUUCCAUAGUUUCUACUUUUAUUCUUAUUCUUAACAUGUCAGGCUAAUUAAUUUAGGGUAGGGGAAUAUAUUAUGCAUUGGAUUAUUGAUUUUGUGAGAAUAGAUAUGUUGUAAUUCUUGGGUAUUAUGUUUA